AUGAGCCUGGUACAGAACCAAGUUUCAGGCAACCCAUAUGGGAGACAGUCCUUUCUCGUAGUGUUCGACUUUGAUCACACUGUUGUGGACUGCAACAGCGACGAUGCGGUACCACAGUGUUUAGGUCGUGAAAAGUUCAGGGAGGAGCUUCUUCGGAGUGAAGAGGGGAAAAUACAGUGGACUAAUGUGUGUGAUGCCGUCGUGGCUCCCUUUACAAAGCAGCAACUCGAGGACGCCGUGAUAGAGGGCAUCGAAAUGGACAAGGACAUGCCCGAUGUGUUCCGCUUUCUUGCGCAAGGACACGCAAGGGUGGUGGGUGGCGAGGGUGGUGGAAACUCCUUCCCCGAUGUGGAAAUUGCAUUUGCGAGUGACGCGAAUCAUCUCUUCAUUGAAGCCACCAUUGACCACCAUCUUUCUUUCGCACGGGAGUCCAUCUCUCAGAUACACAGUAACCCCUUUCAUGAAGUAAAUAACGGGGAUGGUGAAGGCGAUCGUAAGUGUCGUGUUACGUGGUAUGAGCCCACGGGGCACGAUUGUCGAAGCUGCGCUGACCGCGAUCACCCAAACAUGUGCAAAAGCCUCAUCAUUGCUCGCUUACUUCACAGCACUCGACUUAUUGACCCAACCGUCAUUUUUGUUGGUGAUGGUGAAAACGAUUACUGUCCCGUGUUGAACGCACUUCGGCCAAGAGACUGCAUACUGGCACGUCGUAAUUUCUCCAUCCACAAAGCCCUUGCAGACCCCAGCUACACCAGUGGGUGUUGCAGGGUUGGGCUGUGGGAGAAUGCAAAGGAAAUGCUGUCAUGCUUGAAACAACUAAUGUCUCCGGGGCUGCGGCUUCCAACACUCGUGCGAUUCAAAGACGUAGGUCCCCACGAGUUUCGUGCGGUUACGUUAUCAACUCGCAUGCCGCAGGUGCUCAGUCGCACGCUUGCGGACAAUGCGGCAGAGGUUAGUCCCGAAGGCCGGCGUCUGAUGGACGUGCUGAUCGAGGAUACUAAGCAAAACGGGCCGGUGCCGUCGCUCCCUGGUCAGAGCGUGGUUUCCCCUUGGUUGCAGGCAUACGCCUCGACGGUAGAGUUUGACCAUGCGGCCCAUCAGAUUGGGGAGCACAGCAAAGCACCUGCCGUCCCCAGGUGGGGACAACUUCCUUGGUUGCAGGGAGAGAUAUAUUUUUACAACGUGUUUGCGCAGUAUAUGUUGCUGGGGAAGGCUAACCCCCCUAGCGUAUCAGAGGACAAGAGUACCCUGAUGCCAAACCUUGUGACACCUUAUGCCACUUGCACUCCUUUAAAAGCCCAGGGGUCCGGUGCUUCCUCUGUCGCGGAGAUACAAGCGAGCGGUUCCACCCCACUUCAGUUCUUUAACCCUGCCAGGCUUGCCUGGAACAGUAAACAGAACGGGGAGUUACUCAGUGUUGGAGACAGCGUGGUCCUACGCGACAAGUCGAAGAGUUAUUACGAAAUCAUGGGUGGUGAUUCACUCGUCAAACGGCAUGACCACUUCCAAUCGUAUCGUGAUUUCUUUCUGCGAGAGAAGCGCGAGGUAAUCCACAAAUUCCUGCGUCCGAAAAUAUGUCCGAUGCUCGCUUGCAUUCCAUGGGAGACGAAUGAGGAAUUUAUCACUGUACUCUUGCGCUGGAUGCUAUGGGGCAAUGCCAUUGACCUCUCUAUGUUUACGUUGGAGGGGCUACAGGUGACAUCACAUAUUGGCGAAGCGAAGGGUUCGGAGAAGUGGAGCAAAGUUGAAGAGUUGCGUGCAGCGGAGUCAACGGCAGCAAGGGGGCAGGAUGAACGUAUUGUGGGAAACCAACUCGAAGAGAUUGCUAAGGUUGUGCGCCGAAUCGUUCGAGACGAGCCCACAACAAGCGGUGGUACGACCAGAAGUCGCACCGUUAAUAUUGUGAUGGACAACGUCGGAGUUGAAUGUGUGGCUGACCUCAUCUUUACUUUAUGGCUUCUCAAUCAUCACCCAUCUCUGCGUGUCGUGCUCCACGUAAAGAGCAUUCCGUACUAUGUGUCAGAUGUAACACCACCAGAUUUUGAUUUUCUCCUGAACGAGUUGGAAGAGUGCUCAAAACAAGAUGUUGAUCUCACGAGAAUUCUCAUACCUUUUGUGAAGGCGCUUCGUGAGGGUUUCAGCAGCGGCAGAAUUUGUAUUGAUGCCGAUCCGUUUUGGACUCAACCUUGUGAGUACCGCGAAAUGCCACCCCACGUGUGCAACUCAUUUUUCUUUAGCCAGCGUGUAUCGGCAAGCGAGGAGACUCAAGGAGAGUACCCAUCAUCAAGUCGUGAACUGUUUCCUCGCAGGUUGUACGUGGGACAUUCUGCUCUCGUCAUAUUUAAGGGUGAUUUGAAUUUCCGACGCCUUAUUGGCGACCGACACUGGGACAACCGAUCAUUCAUGUCGACAAUAAAGCCAUGCGAGCGCACUUCUCCAUCUGUUGCCUCAACUCUGCUUGCUGACACUCCGUGUAGUGGGGACGAGAGCACGGCGGUGGCGCCGAGCUUUGAGAACAUUGUGUCUGCCUUUUGGCCUGUGCUAACCGUUCCAGUGUGCGCGAUACGCACCAUAAAGAGUGAGCUCUGCGUGGGAGUACCGUUCCAGAAACAGGACAAACUUGACUCCAGUGACCCGAAGUGGAGAACGUCCGGCAGUUUUGGGGUUGUUUUAAUUGCCACCGGAGAGAGUCACUGA